CGCACAAAGCAGACAGCUGAUAACUCAUCUAUUAUGCUACUUGGCUAAAUAAAAAAAGGUUUGAGAAAGCUAUCCGGAGCCCAUCGCUGAACGCACAGGAGGACCCAAAAACAAAGUUGUGCGAUGGGAGUUUGCCUCCUCAGGGGAAACAUCAAGCUGAGUCAUCAUCACCAACUACCCCUGAACUGAACACACACCAACACACAACUGUGUGCCCUCUCACACACACACACACCUAUACAUACACACCCUCGGGCUGCAGAGGGAGUUGAUUUUUCAUCUUCAGGUCUGACACUGCCAGCCCACGGUGCAUUGCUGUGUCACCGUCGUCCACCAUGUCGGACGCCCCAGAGGCUGCACCUCCCAGCCCUCCCCUCACCAACCCACCCCCACCUGAGGUCACUAAUCCCACCAAACCUGGCAGAAAAACAAACCAGCUGCAGUACAUGCAGAACGUGGUGGUGAAGACUUUGUGGAAACAUCAGUUUGCCUGGCCUUUCUACCAACCUGUAGAUGCCAUCAAGCUCUGCCUGGCGGACUACCACAAGGUGAUCAAAAACCCAAUGGACAUGGGAACCAUAAAGAAACGUUUGGAGAACAAUUAUUACUGGAGUGCCAGUGAGGCCAUGCAGGACUUUAACACCAUGUUCACCAACUGUUACAUCUACAACAAGCCAACAGACGACAUUGUGCUCAUGGCUCAGGCCCUCGAGAAAAUCUUCCUGCAGAAAGUUGCUCAGAUGCCACAGGAAGAGGUCGCUUUGCUGCCACCAGCUCCCAAAGGAAAGAACAAGAGCAAGCAGCCUGCCACCGCCACCACAGUGAGUCAGCAGGUGGAAUCUUCAGCCUCCACUCCCCCAUCCUACCCCUCCCCCUCCCCAUCUCAGACACCUGUCAUCUCCACCACGCCCACACCUGUCCAGGCCACACCACCCGUAUCUGCUCCACAGCCCCCAGCAGCUAUGAUGCCAUCUGCACAGCCUGUCCUUAAGAAGAAAGGUGUGAAAAGAAAAGCAGAUACCACCACUCCCACCACUUCGGCCAUCUCUGCCAGUCGUGCCGACUCUCCGUCCGCACAGGACACCAAACCAGCCAAAUUGGGUUCAUCCCGCCGUGAGGCAGCUGCCCGCCCUGCUAAGACCCGCCGUGAGACGGGUGAGGAGGUGGCAGUGGGCGAGGUGGUAGGUGGAGGAGCAGGAGCUGGGGGGAGGAAGGCUGGUAAGCUGGGCGAGCAAAUGAAACACUGCGACGCUAUCCUCAAGGAGAUGCUCUCAAAGAAACAUGCUGCCUAUGCCUGGCCCUUCUACAAGCCUGUGGAUGCUGAGGCGCUGGAGCUGCAUGACUACCAUGACAUCAUCAAACAUCCCAUGGACCUCAGCACCGUCCGGAAAAAGAUGGACAAAGGAGAGUACAAUGAUCCUCAGAGUUUUGCAACUGAUGUCAGGUUAAUGUUCUCCAACUGUUACAAGUAUAAUCCUCCAGACCAUGAGGUUGUGGCCAUGGCCCGCAAGCUGCAGGAUGUGUUUGAGAUGCGUUUUGCUAAGAUCCCAGAUGAGGGACUAGAGGCGUCGGUACCAUCUACAACACCAGUGGUCAGUAAAAGCACUGCGUCCUCUGACAGCAGCAACAACUCCUCCUCAGAUGAAUCGUCUGACUCAGAGGAGGAGCGGGCCACGCGAUUGGCUGAGCUACAGGAGCAGGUUGGUGCUGCUGAGCAAUCACAGUUGAAGGCGGUGCACGAGCAGUUGGCCGUCUUGUCCCAGGCUCCGGUCAGCAAGCCAAAGAAGAAGAAAGAGAAGAAAGACAAGGAGAAGAAGAAAGAGAAAGACAAAGAUAAAGGGAACAAGGGCAAGAUAGAGGAAGAGAAGAAGCCGAAGGCUGCUGCCCAACAGCCCAAACCAGCCAACCAGAAGAAAGCACCAGCCAGGAAAGCCAACAGCACAGUGACUGCAACCAGGCAACCCAAGAAAGGCAGUAAGACGUCGGGUGGUGGCUCAGCCAAUGGAGACGAUGGCGAAGAAUCAUCCCUGCCAAUGACGUACGACGAGAAGCGCCAGCUCAGCCUGGAUAUUAAUCGGCUGCCGGGGGAGAAGCUGGGUCGUGUUGUCCACAUCAUCCAGUCCAGAGAGCCGUCGCUGAGGGACUCCAACCCUGACGAGAUAGAGAUCGACUUCGAAACCCUCAAACCCUCCACACUCCGAGAGCUGGAGCGCUACGUCAAGUCCUGUCUGCAGAAGAAGCAGAGGAAGCUACUGCAGAAGGCAGCAGGAGGUGGAGCCUCGGGAGGCGGGGGUAGUCGUUUGAGCGGCAGCUCUUCUUCCUCCUCUGAUGACAGCUCCUCAACAGGAACCUCCUCUUCCUCUGACACAGACUGAACACGCUCAGACACACAACACACACACACACACACAUGUUACUGAACACAGAGUUUACACACACUUAAACACAUUCACAGGAACUCUGUCUAAACAGUAAACACACACAAAUACAGAUUAGUCCAUGUAAACUUCAUCCUGAACACACACACACACACACACACACACGUACAAUAGACGAAGAUAUGUUGAACUUCUUGUAACACACACACACACAUACAUACAUACAUACAUAUAUAUAUAAAUAUAUAUAUAAACCACAUACGCGCCCAGACUUGGAGACUGUAUGUAAAUAGGCAGACCUGUUUUUUUUAGCUCCUAGUGUUGUGUUUUGUUUUUUCCUUUUUUCUUCCUGGAUGAAUAUGCAGAGAGACCGAAGAGAAGAAGAAGAAAGCAACAACUCCUCAGUUGGAGAAGAAGAGGGAGGGAGAUGAGCCAGACAGACAAGACGGGAUGUCUGUCUGUCCAGGAGUUGUACUGAUCUUCUCUGAACACUCUCACUGCUAAGAGAAAUAAACCGUCAUGGCUUUCUUCUUCUUCGUCUUCUUGGACGGCCGGCGGUGACCCCUGACCAUAGAAAACAUUCCAGAAGCAUCUGUACAGCAUUGUGGAGGGAGGAGGAGGAGGAGGAGGAGACGUCUCAGUGGGUUUUCCCUCCCAAUCAUUUUUAUUUCAAAUAUUGAUCAGUUGGAAGUGGAGCAGUCGAUGAUUGGAAAUGUUACCUCUUGGAUUUUGUUUAUAGAGUUGAAGUAGCUGUGAGUUCAGGGCAUCGUGGGAAAGCUGGAUACAGAGGAUGUUGAGGUCUGAGCAGCGUCUUCAUGGUCCUCGUUGCAUUCAUAGUCAUUUGUCAUUUGUGUUGACCAGCAGCUGGUGAAUUAAAACAAAUGUGUUAUCUGUGCUCAAAAAGCAGGAGGCAUUUUGUUUGUAGUCAUCCAGCUUCGACUGAACAAAUCCUCACAUCUAUGAACAUGUGAAACUUGCUGCAGACGAUAACAGGUCACCAGUAAUGUUACCUGUGACCCCAUUACGAACAGAUGUAUGUUUUUAUUAUUGCUUAAUCUGGUGAUCAUUUUUCUCAAAUGUUUAGUUCAUAAAGAAUAUCAGAAAAUGAUGAAGAAUGUGAUGGAUGUUUCCCAAACCUCAAACAGUUCUCAUCAAAUGUCUUGUUUUGUCAUUUGUUUUGACAUUUACUGUCACAGAGAAGAGAAAAGAUAACUUAUCCACGUUUUAGAUUGAUUUUAUCUAAAAAUAACAGAACACUUGAGAGCAAUCGAGUGUUAACUCUGUUUUUACUGAUGACGAUUUGCACAACUCGAAAUGAUGUCACACCUGUGGAGGUCACAUUCCACUCUAGUCGGUCCGAGUGGACGGUUUCAUAGAUCAGAGGGUCACAGUGUACACGGUGUAGUGGCUGCAGUUGUUUUUCUUUUCUUUUUUCCCCCCACGAUCUGUUUUUUAAAUGUGAUGGAGCAUUACCACAUGACACCAUUAUCACGUUUCAACUUGACAAAGUAUAUGAAUGUUUUUGUAAUUUGCAUAGAUCAUAAAACAAUCAAAAAUAGUGUGACCAAUGUUUAGUCUGCAACAGGUUUUACAUGUGUUUGAAUUCAUCUCUGCCCCUUUGAUGGUGGUUUUAAAAAGAAACCCUCUGAGACCAAACUCUGCCCUCUGCUGGUCAUGAACCCACAACCCAUUGUCUGCCCUGGGGUUAAUACUGAGGAGGAGGAGGAGGUCACUGGACCCAGGCCCCCUCCUCAUCCAGUGCCGGCUCUGUCAACUGAGAGUGACACAGACUAUUUCUUUUUCCUUUUUAACACUACAUUUUCUUUAUUUCUUUCCUUUUUUUCCUGGGUUGUGCGCUGAACUUGUUUGUGUCUUAUAAGGUUCUCUAUAUAAAAAAUGUCUUUGUACCGCUGUUAAGUUCCAACCCCCGCCAAAAAUAACAACUCCCACCUCACAGAUACACAAGACUCGGACUCACAACUGUCCUUAAAGUAAGGAAUAGUAAUUUAUCAAUUAUUUUUUAUGAUUUUUAGUGUAUAAAAUGUCCAAAAGAAAGACAAAGCCUCAUUGAGAGCAAGAGAGAUCAAAUAUUAUCUUCUCUGUUCAGGAUAGUUUUUAUUUUCCUAUGAAGAGAAAAGAAACAUUUUGAAGCUCAGCCUGGUGACUGAAUGAAAGAAAUCGGCAAAAUAUGUUUUAGAUCCUGUUUUAGUAAAGAUUGGUGUCUUGUGCAGAUGAGGCUGUUUCUCUACAUCUGUCGUGUCGUGUUGAACCGCGUCACCGUCAGUUCACCACAAUGUUGAGCCUUUUUUUUAAUGGAUUUUAAUUUACACAAGCCGAGACCGAUUUUUAUUUCAUCUGUCAUCGAUGAUGAUGUCAUGACUCUAGCCUUAUUGCUUUAACAGAGUUGAGUAGUCUGCAAAUGUCUUCUGAUAAAACUUCCUUAUGAUUGGAACACAGGUGUCAUUUAUGCUGUUGAGUGUCUGGUUGAUUCACAGCAGCUUUUCUGUGGUCAGGACAGUUCUCUUGUGGUCACACCUGAGUCACAGGUCAUCUGUGACCUCAGAAGGACUGUCAGGUGUGUGACACUCCACUCUGCUCUGUGGGAGUGUUCAUCACCGUGUUUGUGCUCAUUUAAUCAGAUCAAACUGAUUUAUUGUGUGGCGUCUGCUCUCUCUUCCAUAUCACCUGUCACCUGAGCCUCAGCUCUGAUGGGGGCCGAUUGGCGUGAGGUGACAGGCUGAAAACCAGUGACUCAUUCUGUUCACCUGUGUUUCCAUUCAACACAUUAUUUUCUCAUCAAUACAUUUAAAACUGACCACAUGGUUUCUCUUGGCUCUCACCUGACGGUCCAGCUGAGCACUGGAAACACGUUUUGUUCAGUUUUUAGUCAAAGUGAAGAGAAACGUGGUGAGGAGGGGAGGGGUCAGGUGAUUUUACCUUUUGAAACACCUGCACUGGGAGUCAAGGUCUCGAGUCACAUGGUUUGAUAAUUGUUUGACCUGUUGGUAUAUUCAUGUGUGAUAAAUAGCUGAUUCAGGUUUUCUACCCUUUUCCAACCAGUGUGACUGUAACAAAAUAUCAACACUUAACACUGUACAGAUAUGAAGCCAAAAUAUCCCGGAUCCAGAUGCUGCCAUGUGUCCUUGGUCUCAGCUGUCAGUUUGUUUUUAAACCAUCAAUCACUGAUUAGAAUAAAAUUGAUCAAAAACAUAAACAUAGGAUGGCAGAAACUGUCGGUGGAAACGUUGUGUUCUACAGCCAGCCACCAGGGGGCUGUCCAGAUGUUUCACCCUCACUAUUGUGUUUUCCAUCUUUAUUUACAGUCACUGCUCUCAUUUCAAGCUCAAUCAGUUUUUCAUAUUUCCUGUGUGUGGAGCUGCUCAGCUGUCAUGACGAUGGUUUAGUUUAUCAUGUGAUAUAAGUGUGAAGAGUUGAAACUAACCUGUUUGAAGAAACAAAAACAAAUUGUUUUUUUUUUACUUUGGACAUUUUACAAUCAGUAAUUAUUGACAUACACGCAUACAUUGUCCUGGUAUGACAGACAGACAGGUGGACAGUUUGUUGCCACAGUAACCCUCCUCUGUUUAAGUUGAUGGUCGAGCUUUGAUGAUGCUAAUAGUUAAUUUUUGUACUUUAUUAAGAAAAAGGAAAAAAAGUGAUUUCAUGUAUUUGCAUGCACUCCGGCCGUACGUUCUUUCUUCCAUAUGUUUGAGCACUGUAUAGUAGUUGUAUAGUAGCUGUCCAGGGUUUAGAUCAAACUCCGCUCAAUAGACAUGCCGAGAAAGAGAGGGGACAAACCGACAAAAACCAACAAGUGAAUCAUUUGAUGUAAUUAAUGAUAUGGGAUCCUUAUUUUCUGAGUUCCUUUGUUUUCAUAAAUAAACACAUAAACUGACAA